AUGAAAAGAAGUAAAGAGACAAAGAAAGAUGCUUCAACAUUUCCACGCAAAGAAGAUGAAAACUCAUCGCCUGAUUCGACGCGAAAGAACCCAAAUAAAGAUGAACGUGUCCCUCAAGAGAAAUUUGUAAAGAUACUUAAUCAAAUUGUUCCUUUUAUAUUACAUACCUCCUAUUAUAUGACCGAUUUGGUAUAUACAUUGUAUUACGUCAUGAAUUGUGAAGUAGAAAAAUGGCCAAAAAGCACAGAGGAAAAACAACAUUUAUUACAAUUAAAAAAUGGAUUGAGUACUUUAGUAGUUGACCUAAGAAAUAAUUUCAGGGCAUUGUUAGAUGAGUCUGAUAUUGAUGAAGGAGAAACACUUAUUAUUUUGAGAGGUCUCAUAAAUAAAGAUAUCAUAUAUAUACUCUACCAAGUGAACGACAUCCUAAAGACAGAGUUACUGUUGUUUCAGAAGAAACAAUCGCUCAUGUUUACUGAAAGUGGUGAUCAAAUAGAAAAAAACGAACAAGGUAUAAAUGAGCAGAAAGAUACAAAUUAUGGCGGCUUAAUCCUGCAACUGCAGAAUUGUUUUAUUGGUUUCGGUAAUCUGAUGAAUUUUAUUAGAAAGAUACCGCUGCAAAAUAAGUAUGGAGUUACCAAGUUCCAAUUAGAUGUGUUAAUCAAUGUAAUAGAUACUGAUUUGUUACCAGGUUGGGAAGUCCAGUUGGAUCUUUUGAACUGUAAGUUAUUUAACGAUCUGGCGCUUAACAAAGACGUCGUCCGAUUGUAUAGAGAGAAAACAGGAGACAAUACUCCUGACCUGACACAAGGAGAAGCCUUCGGAAAUUUUAUUGGCUGGCUUAAAGAUGAAAUCAUAGGUGAUUUUGUUUUCUAA